UUGUGAUGCCUCGUCUCAUGGCCGCAGCCGCCGCCGCAUCGCCGCUCUCCUCCUCCGAACCCUAGCUCGGGCUCCUCUCUCGCUUGACCUUCCAGUUCCAGAUCGAUCUGCGCCGCGGCAGCGGUGGGAGGGGUGGGGGGGGGGGGUGAUGGAGGCAGCCGGGCAUCAGCGGCACCGCGGCCGGCGGCGAGGUGGAGGUGGGGCCGCCGUGCGGCGGCCCCGCGGGUGGUGCUGCUCCUUCGCCGGCGUGCCGCAGAGCCCCGACCUCCGCCCGUUCACGGCCACCUCCGCCGCCUCGCCGUCGUCUGGGGUCCCGGCGGCGGCGGCGGCGGCGUUGGCAGCGGGGGGAAGGAAGCUGCCUCCCAAGUCCCCCUCGGUGUCGUCGUUCCACAGCUCGCCUUCGUCGUCCAGGCUGGCCGGGCUGGGGGGGCUCAUCGAUCCCCGCCGCAUUCUCUCCCCCGGCCGCGUCUCGCCCAUCGACCUCGACGACUCGUCCUCGGCCCCGCUCCCCCUCCCACUCCCGCCGCCGGUGCAGCCCGCGGAGGAGGAUGUGGCGGUAGUUCCGGCGGAGAAGUCCGUGGUGGUUGCUGCGGCGGCGUCGGCGCCGCCGCCGGUGGUGGUGGCCUCGACGAAGGUGGAUGCGGGCGGCGAGGCGCUGGAUCUGAGGCUUUUCCUGCGGGGGAGAGACGGGAGGUGCGUGGUGAUGGAGCUCGACUCGGGGGUGCUCUGCGACAGCAGCGCCUUCUUCGCCGCCAUGGCGCCGCCGCGCGGGGGCGAGGCGGCCGCCUCCGCCUCCGAUGGAGGGGGCACCGGCAGGAGGAUCGAGGUGGACGGGGUCGACAAUGUGGAGGCGUUCCGAGCCGCGGUGGAGCUCAUGUACCAGCCUGAUCCGCUGCGCUGGCUUGCUGCCGCUGGCGUGUCGCGCUCCAUUGAUGUGCUCGAGGUGUCUUCAUCAAUCAUGUUUGAGAGAGGAGUUAAAUUGUGUUUGUCAUACAUAGAGGCAGUUCCAUGGAAUGAGAAAGAGGAGGAGAAGCUGAAGAAUCUCUUUGCAAGAUGUACUUUUGAUGAAGCAAUAUCCCAAGAUAUACUAGCUAGAUUACGGCCUCACAGCUGGAGCAGCCCAGAAGAUCUUACAGUGCAUCUUAUCCAAUCAGUCACAAGCAGCACCAACAGUGGUGCAAGAAAAGAUAUGCAAUCUCUGGUAAAUGGUCUUCUAAGCAAAAGUUCUGUCUACCAAAAAGACUUGGCAGGGCUAAACAAAGAGAGCCUGUAUAAUAUCUGUUAUGCAUGUUUGAAUUCACUGGUGGACCUUUAUGAUGAAGCAACAGAGGCUACAAACCACACAGCUCAAGCAUUAGUUAUUAGGGGCGGUAAACCAUUUAUUGAGCAAAUUUCUCAGCAGACAGAGAACCUCAACUGGCUCUUCGACAUUCUCGUCAGCAAUGACAUGGCGGAAGAGUUUGUGGAGUUGUGGGCGAAUCAAGACAGGCUCAUCAGGAUACAUGAGCAGGCAUCACCAAUGAUGAGAUAUGAACUGAGCCGAAUAUCUGCUGGUGUAUUCAUCGCACUCGGCAAAGGAAAAGUGCAGUGCCGUGGAGAGCUGAGAAGCCUCCUUUUCUACGGAUGGUUCAGCGCAAUGUUGCUUGACUUUGGCUGGUUACAGCGAUGCUCCAAAGGUCUGGAUGUAAGAUCUUUGGAGGAAAAUCUUGGGCAGGCUCUACUAACCCUCCCGCUCAAGCAGCAGCAGUGUCUGUUUGAGGAGUGGUUUCAGUGUUUUGCGACUAGUGGAUCAGAGUGCCCGAACCUCACUAGGGCUUUCCAGGUAUGGUGGAGAAGGUCUUUUGUUAGAUCGUCGGUAGAAGCUCAGCAAUGAUGUUUUACUUCUGCUAGUAUGUGCUGCCUGUACCACUCGUAAAAUUGCAAUUGCUGGAAUAACUAGUAGAGGUGAUCAGGUCAAUGUUGUCUACCGUAGUUUUAACCCUUUUGAUUGUAUGUGCAUAAGCUUGUUAAAUUUAUUUGAGGAAUGGAUGGCUAUUGUGUGUGUGUGU